UCUGGACGGGUGCCUGGCCGGGUCAUCCCUCGACGCGUUAUCACACGCAUGGCUGUGUGGGUGUUUGGGGGCCGCUUUGGCCUGCGCGGGCGUCUCGGCGCCUGCAGGCUGCUGUGUCCCCGCUUCCAGAGCCACGGUCCUCAGGGCGGGGAAGACGGGGACAGGCUACAGUCAUCCUCGAAGGCACCUAAGACCCCCAAGAUUUACACCAAGACAGGAGACAAAGGGUUUUCUAGCACCUUCACAGGAGAAAGGAGACCUAAAGAUGACCAAGUGUUUGAGGCUGUGGGAACCACAGAUGAAUUAAGCUCUGCUAUUGGGUUUGCCAUGGAGUUGGUCACAGAAAAGGGCCACGCAUUUGCCGAAGAACUUCAGAAAAUCCAGUGCACGCUGCAGGACGUCGGCUCUGCCCUGGCCACCCCACGAUCCUCAGCCAGGGAGGCUCACCUAAAACACACGGCCUUUGAGGAAGGGCCCAUCACGGAGCUGGAACAGUGGAUUGACAAGUACUCCAGCCUGCUCCCCCCACUCAGAGCUUUCAUUCUGCCAUCCGGAGGCAAGAGCAGUUCUGCCCUGCACUUCUGCCGAGCCGUGUGCCGCCGAGCUGAGCGACGCGUGGUGCCUCUUGUCCAAAUGGGAGAAACGGACGCAAACGUGGCCAAGUUCUUAAACAGACUCAGCGAUUACCUCUUCACCAUAGCCAGAUAUGCAGCCAUGAAGGAGGGCAGCCCAGAAAAAAUAUACAAGAAGCGUGACAAGUGAAGCAGGAGAAAUGGUGAGGGGAGCCUCACCCCUCUGGAGAGACCAUGGGGAACUCAGUCGUGCUGACAGACUGCAGGUGGGCCUGAGGUACACACUCAGCAUUGCCGCACACCCCCUGCCAUUGCCCCAAGGGACCGCUCAGCCUCCUGCUGGCUUUGUGAGACUGAGUGUCCAUCCUGCAGGAAGGAAAGGAUGUGAACCAUGCCCAAAAAAACAUGUUUGUGUGUGUGUGUGGGGGGGGUGCUGUUCAAGGACUGGGAAUGUAGCAGAGGCCGCUGGAAUUGUAAUUGUGAUUUACCUGUGUCAGCGGGGCUGUAAAUGUCACAUUUAUAAAGGGAAGGCGGGCAGGCUUGAGUUUAGUCACCUCUGAGCUGCCGGUCACUGCCACAGUGUAGGGGAGAGACAGCUGCAGGUCCACAGGGGUGCAGCUCGGAGAACCCUCUCCAUCAUGGCUGGAGGCCGGCAGCCCUCCCUGCCCUGGCAGUGGCGGGAAUGAGGUCUUCCGACUGACACUGGGCUCUCUGGUGUCCCACUUGGCUGGUUUAUGCUUCUGCGAGCCACACCACGGCUGUGUUUUAUUCCGCUUGUCACUACUGCUUCCUCUUACUAUGAAAUGACAUCGCCAGUGGCAGCUGUGUCCUUGGGAGAGGGAUAUUUAUGGAAGGCUGCAGGCGGCCCGAGAACCUAAGGAUUCCAUACCUCAUGGUAGGCAGUGACUUAGGAAGGGCAAGUCUGAGACACAUGAGGAUUCAGCUCAGCGAUCGCUUCUUCUCUGUGCACCUGUUCAGGUCCCUCCCGUGCUAGGGGCGGGUGGCUGGCCCCUCGUUGUUGGUCAGUCAGCAGCUUUUGAUUUCAGCCCAGUGUCUUUCUACCUCCCCGCUGGUGUUUCAGGUGGGCAGCUGUAUGUCUGUCUUCUGGGUCCUUUAAAGGGAAGGUGCCCAGGAAGGAGGAAUGCCCCCUUGGAGGCAGCCCUGUCCAGUGCCCCUGCAGCCAUAGUGGGGUAGGGGUUGGGUACAGAAUUGGUGCUGUAUGUGCAAGACCAGAAAUAGAAGGCACAAGCUGAGGGUGCUGCUGUUCUGGGUCUGACUGGGGAGCCCUGUUCACUCUACCUGCAGCUCCAGAUCCUCCUGAAAAAGACAGGAUGAACUCAAAACAGCAACUCUUGCCCCUAGCCUAUGCCUUGACUGCUUUCAAUACCUCUCCCAGGAUUUGGGGUGGCUCUUACAGCAUUCUGGCUCCAAGCAUUGCCGAGCCUUGAGCACACCAUCUGCAAUUUUCAUAGGGUGAUUCCCACUGCACACUUACGCGUGCAAACAGGUGCAGAACUGUUUCUUUAAAUUGUACCCACUUAUUAUUGAUCUCUUUCUCUUGCACUCUCUUUUUCUCUCCCUCUCUCUCAUAAUUCCAUCCCUGAAAACAUUGCAAAAGGUUUCCUAUCUUUUAAUGAACUUUUGCAGAAGUUUUAUUGAGAUACAAUCUGCCCACCAUAAAAUUCUUCCUUUUAAAAUGGACAGUUCAGCAGUUUUCAGGAGAUGGCCUAGUUUUUGCCACCCCACACCCCACAACCAGGAAGAUGGUCGAUAGUUCAAGCUCAUCAGAACAGUGUUCACUGUCAAUCACCAAAGGUGAACCCCACCAGUGUUGCCUGCCAGUGCUCACGCUGGCCCUCACCUGAACAUCAUAGCACUGGGGGUGGGGAGCUCACAUUCCUGCAGGAAGGGAAACUGAGGCUCAGACCUGACCUAGGCUCUUGUCUCAUGACACCCCACCCCAAACCCACCAGCACUUGACAGUCGUUUUAAUCACAACCCGGGCCUCGGCAAGCAACGCCAGGCACUAAUAGAUGGCUGUCGCAUUUCUCAGCCGAGUUUCCCUUAACUGAUAUUUCAUGGCUAUUGUUAAUGUGCAUUUUUCACUGAGUAAUUUCCAGAGCCUGAACUUGCAGCACAUCCCAAUGAUAAACGCCCGCAGUUCCGAGUCCCCUGUCAGCUGCAAUGUCACCCUUACCUCCUCCCCAGCACCUCCCGACAGCCCAUCCCGUUUUAUGAUCGCUCUGUCCCAGUGAUCACGACUGAACCCUUAAGAAUCCGGACGCAUUUCAAGUUUAAUUGAAUAAAAUUCUUUGUAUAAUAAA